AUGGAGCUGGUCAAUGGGACUAGAGUUCAGGAGUUCAUUUUGCUGGGAUUUGAGCUUGGGCAGCAGAAGCGGUUGCUGCUCCUCAUCUUUUUUGGCAUUCUCUAUGUGUUGACAUUGGCUGAGAACCUCACCAUCAUCAUACUGGUGGUCCUCGACACCCACUUGGCCCGGCUUCCCAUGUACAUCCUGCUGGGCAACUUCUCCUGGCUGGAGGCAUGUUACGUGAGCGCCACGGUGCCCCGCAUGCUCUUUGACCUAGCUUCCCUUCGUGGAAUCAUCUCCUUCCAUGUCUGCUUCCUCCAGUUCUACAUCUUCUUCUCUCUGGGCACAACAGAAUGUUUCUUCCUCUCUUCCAUGGCCUUGGACCGGUACUUGGCCAUCUGUCACCCACUGCGCUAUCCACAAAUUAUGUCCCCAAAUUCUUGUUAUGCCCUGGUAACUGGUUGUUGGGUCCUUGGAUUCCUGGUAUAUGUUAUCCCAGUGAUUUUGAUCUCCAAGAUGUCCUUCUGUGGCCCCAACAUUAUUGACCAUUUUCUGUGUGAUCCCGGGCCAAUUUUGUCCUUGGCUUGUCCUCCACUAGAAAAUGCUCCUGUCAUUCAGACCAUCAUGAAUGUUGUUGUUUGUCUCGGCAAUAUGUUCUUCGUCGUGCUAUCCUAUGGGGCUGUGAUUCUCACCCUGUUGAAAACCUCUGACCAAGGCAAUCGGAUGAAGUCCUUCUCCACCAUAUCUUUCCACUUAGUGGUGGUGGCACUUUUCUAUGGCCCCGUGGCGGGGUCUUAUGUAGUCCCAGUUGGAGAAAGUGAAAUGAAGGUCAUUAAGGUCAUAACACUCUUCUACACAGCUGUGACACCAUUUCUCAACCCCAUGAUAUAUUGCCUGAGAAACGAUCAGGUGAAAGAGGCACUGGGCAGGUUGUGGAGGAGAAGGACAAUAUUUCUGAAGAGGAGCGUGACAGCUCAAAAAGAGAAGAAGACAGGGGAGGGACACCCAACCUCCCGGCAACAUUAA